CCUUCACGGGAAACGCGCUCCUGCCAAAGCACGGAGGGGAGGUGGGGGGGGGGGGGAGGGAAGAUAAAAUCAAAACGGCCUUGUGGCACGGAGAAGUGCUGGAGAGCUGUCGGUGAUGCAGCACACACGGUGCACCUGUGUGGGCUGCUGGGUGCGUGUCACCCCGCUGACAUUGCCUGUAAUUGCUGGGAACAAGUUGGGGAUAAACUGCAGACGCAGCCUGGAUCCAGCACGGGCUGGUUCAGAGCGUUGCACUCGCUUUUUAUGGUGUUCUUAAUUAUUUCUUCUCCUUUUCUCAUGACUGAAGUCGCAAGAAAACGUGUGUUGGAAAACUUCUUACCGUAAUAGUUAAUCUCUUUAUGGCAAAACCACAGCUCUCUGUUUCCUUGGUAGCACCUCUCAGUACAGGAGCUCAGGUUCCCGAGUGAUGUCAGUGCUGGAGCACCGCAGUGACUCUGUGAUGGAAUCGGUCCCACCGGGUGUUGGGCUGCACAACGUGUGCUGUAGGAACUUUGGUUCAGUAGCUGGCUGAGAUAAUCCUGCGGCUGCUCCUACGUGAGCAGUAGGGAGAUAGGAACACAGGAGCUGCUUUUCCCUUUCACCAUACGUGUUUCUGAGCAGGUUUUUUCCACCCAAACUUGAAGAGAGCUUGCAGUUUCUCAUCACAGAUGCACAGGGAGCGGUCUGUAGUAGGAAAAUCCAUCAGGGAUUAAAUUCGGUGGGCUUUCGUUCUUUUCUCUUCUAAAAAUACGACUGAAAAGCGUUCCUGUGAGUCCGGCUGACAGCAUUGUGCUGUCACAGAGGACUGAUCCUCGCAGGAGGCUCCUUGAAUUGAUGAAAGCAGAAAGGGCUGAUGCUGAAAAGAGGUUUAGAAACAUGAGGAGAAGCGAAGCUGCUUUGACUGGGAAGCGAAUUCAUUUAAGUAAAUGCAAAAAGCUGUGAGGAAGACUUGCGAUAUUUCUCAACUAUUUUAAGAAGCCAUAUUGAGUUCAAGUCUAACCAGCCUGAUGGCCUGGAGAGCAAGGAUGCAUAUCAGUGGAACAAGAAUUAAGUAAAAAUAGAUAGAUCUGACAUAAUGGAUGACACGGGGGAGACGUGAUGCUGAAAGAUGCUGGCGUGUUUUCUGUGCCUUCUUGCUUAGCAUGUAUCUUAUUUGUUGCACGUCGUGGCUUUUGAAGUGUAAAGAAGUAGAUCUCAUUUUGUGCUGAGAUGAAAGAAAAGGCAGGUGCUGGAAUCCUCCAAGGCUCAGUUCUGCGUUGGUGCUGACAUUACAGGGUGACCUUACCCACUGUACCCCCUCUCAUCCUCUGGAUUUUUGGAGUGAAUAACUGAGUGCCCUCAGCACCGAGUGCGUGCUGCUUAAUCACACGGUGGUUUUGAUCCCUUGCUUUCUGGAGCUUGGGUAUUUGCUUCGAUUUAAGUCUUAUUUGUAUUUGUUUCAAGUUGUCCUCAUAUAGAUCACUAUUUUAUCUACGUUUGCUCCUGAUAGCAGAGCUUCUCCCAAGAACUAAAGAAACUGCGUUGUCCAGAAAUGCAGACAGCUGUAAAAUCACACACUGGUGCACCUGGACGUGGGAUGGGAACUUCUCUUUUUUUCCUAAGCACAGCAUUUUGCACUCUGCCUUGUCCAUUCUCCAUUUUCAUGUCUUCUUCCCCAUUUUUGACCCGGAGCCACUCCUGGAUGGGCAUGGGGCAGGAGAUGGGUGCUGCUGGCAGCUUGCUCCCACCCCACGGCCCCAAAGCAGCAUCGGUGCCUGAUGGGAGCAUGUUGUGUCCCACACCACCAGGCACCCUCAUCUGCAGCCCCCGACCCACACUGAUUUAUGGAGAUGGGUGAUGAAGUAAUGUCCAUUUUGUGUUUCUCUAAAGCUCAGUAAUUUCCAGGAUUCGGGGAUUUAUGGAAUUACUAAAUACACCACUGAGAGCAAAGCCAAAGCCUGACUCGCUUGAUUUAUUGAACAGACGGCUGGAACUGUUAAAUAAUUGCCUUAGGAGCGUGUGGGAGCUCACAGAGAAGCUGCAUUAAAAAAGCAGUGCUGUGGUUGAUCCAGACCCUACAGACCCCUUUUCAGGCUGUGGUUGAUCCAGCUUUAUAGACCCCACAGACCCCUUUUCAGUGCAUUCUGUCUCUCCACACCCCCCCACUCGUUCUGUACUCAGUGUAUGCUUCUAAUUGUCUUCCUGUUGUGCUCAGUAACGAUGUUCAGUUUGUUUAUUCCCAGUGCUGGACUUGUUUACGCUGCGUUGGGAGAUCAGUUCAAAUUCCCAGGGAUGGUGAAGAAAACUUUGAUGUUUGGUCCCAGGAAUAAUAAUAUCCCAUGAACGUGUUUGGGUGGGAUGAAGCCUUGGGCUGGCACUGAGUACAACAGAUCAUCAAUUAGUGAAGUUGCAGAUGAAGGACGAUAAAGACUCCUCCAACAGUGACAGGUGCUAUUAUACACUUCAACCACUUCCACUUAAGUCAAGAAGGGAACAAAUUAAGGUUUUACAUACUUCCACCUAGUGUGCGUGGGGGAAAUUGCACCUGUGCUUCAAUCCCAGCAGUUCCACCUUACAGAGAUCCUUCGUUUAUUGGGCUCUGCUAAUCAGUUGGUGCAGAAGGAGCGUGCAGGGCUGGCAGGUUUGAGCUCCAGGUAUUGAUGCCUUGCUGCCUUUGUGAUGUCCAUUAAAUGGUGAUGCACAGGUUUAAGAAAAAUCACCUUUCACUGCACAGCGUUCAGAUUCUGCUUCGGUAUGUUCUGCUCUAUUUACUUGUCAUCCCGUGCUGGAGCUUGGGCGGCGUGAUUUAUGACUGAUUGCUGCUGAAAUAAAAUUAAAGUGGCUGUUCAGUUAUUUAAGAGCCAAUUAAGUUGGGUUUUAUUCUGAUGUAACAUUUCCAACAGAAGUGCAUAAAACCCAGCAGGCAGGGGGAAGGUGGACCAUUUAUCUCCUGCCUUUUGGUAACUUUCAGAGGCAGAGAAGCAUUCCCCUGGCAGUGUGUUAUCCCAGCUGUGGCUGUGCUGCCCCAUGGGAUGGGUGCUUCUGCUGAUGGUGUGCUGUGGGAUCCCCAGCCCUGGGCUGCUGUGGGGUUCUGCUUUUCCUGAUGUGUGACCAUUAAAAUGCAUCUCUUGCUGGUGAAAUGACAGUGGCAAUCCCAGCUUCGCUUUGGCAGUGUAACACUGUAGAUACCUCCUGUGGGUUACGGAGGCGCAGGCUGAGAUUAUUUCAAUAUUAAGGGUCUGGUUUGCUGUAUUUUUUUUAUUAAAAAUAUAUCAGAUACUGAUGCAGAUAUAAUUUUAUUUCUGCUAACCAGACAAGCCUGCACUCGUCAGCUCGCAGAUUGCAGCGUCUGUCUCUGUCAGGAUCACAGAUAGGGAGGAAAUGAUUUAUUCGAGUUUCCAGGGCUUAGAUAAAACCCUACCUGGUUGUGUGCAGAUGGUGCCCAGAGGAUAAUGCACAGCUCAGAUAUUUGUGUAAAGCACUGUGCCUUUGUACCAGCACCCACAUCUUCAAUACAGCAGUAAUAGGGAGGUUUCCACUGCUAUUGUACUAGCCUGUUUUAUUCAGGGGAUUGAAUUAAUUGCCAGGGGUAGAGCAAAUUGGUCCUUCAGCCACCCAAACAUGUCAAGGUGGGCAUUAGCCAGGUGCAGCCCUUGGUGCAGAUCCCACACAAACACAGUGCAGGAGCAGCCCCAUCCCUUCCUUCCACUUGCAAGAGUGCUGGGUGCCCCACUGCCUGGGUGUCCCUUUGGUGCUCCAUCUGGUUCUUGUGUCCCCCAUCUCCAGCUGGGUGCUCCAAGGGCUGUGGAGCAUUGCCUGGUUGAUCCUGGAGAAUGCCUCGUGCUUUGGGGUGUCAGUUAUUAGGGUGAUGCAGAGCAGGAGCAAGAGAACCCUUGGGUUUUGGGUGGGAGCUGGUGAUGGUGCAGUGUUUUGGGGGGUACCUUCACCUCUUUAUAAAAUGCUUUAGCAGUAUGUGGUAAGGCCAACUCUGGCAGUGGCACUAAUUCUCAAUAAAUGUUUACUAAACAUCGUUAAUGGAUUUAAAAUGUUUUUAGGAAUACUUAUUAGCCCUUCAGACUGGCUUGGUGAAGGGAGCCUGUCUCCAUGGGGGGCUGCCAUUUUAAUGCUUCCCAGCAGGAGGCCUAUUUGGAUGAUGCAAAUUAGGUUGGAAAAAGUAGGCUAAGCCAUUAAAAGUAUGAGAGAUCAUGAAAUGUAACAUUUUUAAGGUGACUUGUUCUUCUAAUUAUUAACAUUCUUGCUACCAUCCUUGAAGUAUGCCACUUUAUUUUCCUUAAUUCUCACAUCCUUGCCUUACUGCUGACAACCUCAGUGCUGUUUGCUCUUGCAGCCACUCCUCAAAAUGGAAGCUGUAGUCCAUUUGCUGUUUUAUCACCAGCAAGGUGCUUGGAAAUACCACCACGUGCUGCGUUUGGUUGUAUAAUUAGAAAUGCAGAUACAGACCUUUUUGUUGCUCUGUGCUUCAUUUUUUUUUUUUUUUUUCUGUUAACAUUAAUAGGAUCUGAAGGUUAAACUUCUCUUAUGUAAACUCUGGUUGUUUGCAGGAUGCUUAUUGGCAAGGUGAUUAAUUCUGGCAGUCAGAAAGGGAUUUGCCUGCAGGUGGGUGAAGGUGGGCACCAGUCCCUGCAAGGCUGGAUCCUGGGAGAGGAUGCACUGCCUUGGUCACCAGGAUGAGCUGUUAGGAGCUCCACUGUGCACAGCAAGGAUCAGGGAAGGAAACAUCUUUGUGGGACUUGUGGUAUCCCUAUCACACUUUGUUAUGCUUCCAAGAGCCUCCUGCUCACAUCUGACCCCAGACAUGUGCAGGAUGUGUAUCUGGCCCAUAUGCUGUGCUGCUGUGGCAUGCACUGAUGCUGUAAAGUCAGAGUUUACAGCCAUCCAGCCAAAGAUUGUGCGUGCAGAGCUCAGGAAGGCACCAGCAGCCGUUCCCACCUCACACAGCAAUGGAGAGGUCUCUGAAAGCUGUGGGGGAUCCCUAAGCCUGCUGCAGGGUGAGUGGGUGCCAGGCAGUGCUAACAAAGGACCUUUGGUAGAGCAGGGAUGGGCUGCUGGCAGCAGGGUGACAUGGAGCUGUGGCACACGAUGAGGCCCCAGUGCCCUUCCCCUACAGCUCCAGUCCUACAGCACUGCUGCAACCCAUCCUCAUCCUCUGCAUCUGUUCCUGUGGGCAGCCAGAGGGGCAGUGCUCCUGGUGCCUGCCAGCUCGCGAGUUUCAUUUAAUCCUAUUAAUUUUUAAUAGAAAAUUAAUAUUAAACUAGCUUAUUUCCAGCCUUUGUAGAGAUUAGACUCCAAUUUGUGUUUGCUUUGGAGAAGAGCAUUGAGUCCUGCAGGCCCUGGGGAUGUCUGGCUGCGGGGCUGUCAUCUCCAGCAGGCAGAUAGAAGUGCCCAGCCCUCCUUUAACGAUCUCCAGCAGAUGUGUUUCAGACAUGCAUCCCUAAACCGAGUGCUCUGCAGCAGGAUGGUGUUGGAUAAACUUAGGGAACUGGGGAUUUCCAGCUCAAGGUAUGGAAUGAGUGUGUUGUGUUGGUUAGCACAGAGCUGACCUGGCUGUUGUCUAGAGGAAAAGGCUUAGGGUUCAAUAGCAAUUUGAUGAGCACUUUGGUACAUAAUAAUAGAUGGGACUUAAAGUUUCUCUUAAUGAAGAAAGCAUGUUUUCCAUUGCCAUGUUGUCUGGAAGGUGAUAUGGCGGGGUUGCAGGAGGGACGUAGCCUCUGAAUCAGUAAAUAUGAAGGAGGAAGGCCUGCUGGGCAAGCUGAUGCUAUCUUUCUCUUUAAGAGAGGUUCUGGGAAGGUAAACUGCAUUCCUUCGCUCUUGCAGACUUUUUCAGUUGUUUUUUUUUCCUCCCAACCUCAGCCUGAUAUUAUCUUAUAAGUAAUCAUUGCAUCAUACUUGUUUUAUUCUCUACUGGGAAAUGAAAUAAUUGCUGUACACUUUUUAACGGGUAGCGUUUGGGAAGCCUGGUUAAUACUGAAAUGCAGGUGAGCAGAUCAACAGCUAUUGCAAUGCUUGUCUGUCUUGGAGCUUCCCUGGAUCCUGGUGGGCAGGAGGGGAGGAGGAGGAGGAGGCACAAGCAGCAGCCACAGCAUCGUGGGGCCUUGGGCUCCAUGGUAAAAGUAAAGCUGGCAGCCGUGAUGUGCCAUGCGCUCAGGUACCUCUCAUCUUUGGGAAUAUUCAGCCAGACUUUCCUUAUGAAGUAGUAUUAUAUGCUAUUAAUUAUUCAUUGCCAGUUUAAUUCUUCUUUCUUGCAUAUUUAAUUGCAAUAGCGUGCUGUAUGUCACAGUGAUUUCCCAGAAGAACACUUCACCAAAGGAAGGCCGUUCAGGUAUAUAGUCUUAAAUGAAAUGUGUCCGAGCUCAUUUUGUUGUUUCAUUUCGGAGCAGAAUAGGAUAUUGUCAGAUGUUUCUUAUGGGGAAGCAAUCACACAAAAUCAGGAUUUCGCUUAAUCUUUUCAGUGAAAUCCUUGGAGCUGAAAUAGCUGCUUUGAUUUUUGCUGGUGACGUUGGCAUUGUCUCGCUUGUUUGAUGAGGAAAAAUGCUUAAUGGGAAGGAGGACGUGAUUUUUGUUUUCUUCUCUGGGGGGGGGGUUAUAUUGAGGACUUUGGGAGUGCCAAUCGAUUCCUUUCAGAAGAUGAAGGAGGGGAAUAAGAUUUUCAUCGAGUUUUUUUCCAGCUAUCAGAGCAGUGCUGCGUGAUGAAGAAUUACAGUGGCUGUUUUUUAGAAGAUCAGGACUGGCUUUGAUGCUGGAUGGGAGAAAACACCGGGGAGGUGGGAAUUGCAGCUGCGUUCCCCGUGUGCUUUGCAUCGUCAUCGUGGAGCUGCUGGGUGUGGGUGAGCACUGAGCCCUGUGCUGGGCAGGCACAAUUGUUCUCUGCUGUUUGCUGCAGAGUUGAAACUUUUGAAAAAUGUGUUUGCACCGUGUCUGAGCUGGAGGAGAGAGGACAUAGCAGAGCCUGCUAUCUGUUUACUGCUCAGAUAAGGAGGUGGAAUAGAUUGCUGGCCUGUUUCUGAACUCUGCUUAAUGAAUGGUUGCUAGGCAAAUUGCAUCUCAAUCAGUUUAAUCCUCGAGAUGUCAUUUACAGGUCUGCUCUUUGUGAGGGCCGUGGCUGUGAUCUCACACACUGCACCAGGCCACAGAUUGCUGGCAAAGCAGCUCAGCAGAGCCCCAAAAUGCUUGGCAGGGACAGGAGGGCACUGGGUCAGCCUCACGUCGUAAUGCUUCAGUGCUGGCUGAACAGGAAGGGAAACAUUUCUCAAUGGGGACUGCACUGCUGCCUGGAUGGAAGGUAUUUAUAUUUGGGCUGAGUUGGCUGAGAGACUGAUGUGGUUUCAGGGUGUGUCCGUGGGACGUGACGCACUCUGGCUCAUAAGAGGUGGUGUUUAUUACCUGAUACGGGGCAGGGGGCUGGAAAUGGCCUCAGUGACCCCUCUGUGAUCAGGGAAGGGCUUGGGACUGCUGGAUCCAGUCUUCAGCUGCUGCAGUAGUGGACUUUCUCCCUCAGAAACAGGCGAGAACUGAUGACUUAAGUCUGCACCUCUAUACAUUGAGUUUGUGCUUUAGUCCAAAGGAGCAAGUUUCCUAACAUGGUUAAGCUUUAACAGUCUCUUUUUAUCAAAAGAUAACAAAAUAGAGGUUCUUACUGGUUUCCCACGACAGAGAUUAAUCUGACUGCGGUCAGAGCAUUGUUCUUUGCAUGGCUACACCUUCCUUUAGUUUCAGAUCUAUCCUCUUUAAGUGCUGUGUGUCAAGACACUGUAAAGGCAGACUGGAAAAGACUGGACUUGUUGAGCAGCAAAGGCAUUUUGGAGCUGUUUGUUUUGCUGUGCGUUGGUAUGAAAUGUCCUUUGUGUGGCCCAGUUACUAAAAGUGCCAGUGAAAGCACUUGGCAGCAUUUGCCUUGUUUGAAUGUGUGCAGCUUUUGUGUUGUUUGAGAAUACUGUUAAAAUUUUAGGAAAAGAUUGCAUUAAAACGUGCAGAGCAUAUGCAGAAUAUUCCCUUUUAGUCGCCAGCAAAAUGCCAGCAGUGCGUGCAUCUUGAGCUGGGGAUGGGAAGGGGGCUGCUGAACAGAAGACUCUGUGAUCAGAGUGCUUUUCAUGCAAAUGAAGAUAUUAUUUUUUUUUUACAUGCUGCUGAAUCAGGGCCUUGUGUAGCGAGUACAGCACAGAAGUGAUAAGAUCACUUUGUCAUAGCUUGAAAUUGUGCCCAGCGUGUCUUUCAGCCUGCUGAAACAGGCAAGGAACACUCUUGAUAAGGGCACAGCAAUAGCUUCUAGAACCCAGGCUGCACUCCUGCUCCUGUCCAGCUGGGACAUGCCAUGCCACCCAUGCACGUGCCCUUCCUGCUGCCUGAUUGUUGUCCUGAGAAGGACUAAAGCCUGUUGGCUUUCCUUUUGUAUUUAUUAGCUAAUAUCAUCCUUCCCUUUCAUGCUUAGAACCGGUUUGGUUUAAUGAGGACUGUUGCUGCCAACAAGCAAAUGGAUCUGCGUAGUUAAAUGGGUAUCUAAAUCUUCCCUGCAGAUGGGUAGUGCUCAGCAGCCUGGUGUGACCUUGGUAGAAGUUCUCCAGUGUGUUACUUUCCCUCUUUAUUUAUCACUCUUGCUGUGUAGCAGCUUUUCUUACGGAGAAGCAUCAGAGCUAUUGGAAAUCUGUCCUCUCUUCUCUUCCUCUCUCCAGAGACACCAUCAGCAUAACACCCAGGCUAUUUAGACUGAGGUCUGAAUAUUCUGCUUUGGCACAAUCAGGAGGCAUUCAGUAAAGGAAGGAGCAAGAUGGGAAGAAGCUUCGGAUUUAGGGCUGAGAUUUUUAGAUGCUUUUCAGUCCAUAAUUGCGAGCUGUCUUGGUGAGAAAGGUCAAAGAUUUCCUUCACACGAGGUGCCCCAGGAUGCGUGUUGAGCAUCCAUCAGAACAUACAGCACAAAAGGGAGAAAUAUGCUCAACAACCAUCAGAUUUCAGCACGGGGCUCUCCAUACUUCUAGUUGUUACCUGAAGAUUCUAGAAACAGUUCCUGGUCCUAUUUUGCAGUCUCCAAUUCUUGUCCUUUUCAUCAGGAUCUCCUUUUUAACCCCACACAUUCCUGGAGGGUUUCAGAGUGCAGGGGUGGAACGUUUUCCCUGGUUUUCUCAUGCAAAUUAUGGUAAGGAUUAUUCUGUAUUUAAAAUCUGGUUUAUACUGGCUUCUGAAUUUCAUUCAAAAUCAGCAUCUGGGGAGCUUUCUGAUCUCCUGUGUACAGCUGUUGUCAUCUGUUCAAAUGACUUCUGCUUAAUUUUUAGCGAAGGGCAAAGAGCUCCAUCAUUCCAGCCCAGAGGAAAUGGUUCACCUACUGCAGUUAGAAGUUUCCCCAAGCACACAGCUGACCCAGCAGGUAUUUGUAAUCCUUUCUGUCAGGAAGCGUGGCAGUCACAGGUAUCUGUUUAUUCUCUGCUGUUUGGGACCUGCAGUUGUGCUUUGCCUCGUUCCCCUGUGCUGAACAUAGAUCUGAGCAGCUGCUCUGGGCAGAAUCCCCCCUCCUUGUCCCCAAGCAGCAUAGAGCCCUCCUGGAGGCUCCUCACACACUGCUGCUUCUCACUGUCAGAUCUGGGUGCAGUCACAGAGGGAGUACCAGGUUAUGUACCCGAGCAGCCGUUACAUUCUGAGUGUGUUUCCUCUCAUUUGCCAGGAGCUUUCUGCUCUGCUCUUUGCUGGAGACUCACAAUGUGUGCCCUUGGCUGGGUACAUGCUUCCUGUGUCUUUCUUGCUUUGAAAUGGGUUCCUGUUGCUCUUUGGCAGGCCCUGAAGCAGCGAUCUGUGGAAAGAGCACAUUCAGAGCUAGAGUGACUUUACCUCUUUGUUUUCUCUCUUUCUUCAGGCCUGUAUGGGAUCAGCUGGUCCCACAUUAUGUGUGAAGUAGUUAAAAUUUAGCCUGCAUCUGUAGGAUGUGAUUUCUUCUCCCCCCGCCCCCAGUUGCUUUGAUCAAAUCAAAAUAUAAAAGCAGCGCUUUCAUUUCUGGUUUUGUAGUUUCAAAGACAAUCUCUUGACAUGCUCUAGCAGUCCAGACCCGAGUCCUUUUCUUCCUUCAUCCAAAGACACACUGUGCCUUGCACCUUUCUCCAUAUCAGCAGUUAGGAUCUGCGUUGGCUUUUAUCUGAAUCAAAAGACAAAUGGAAGAGGGCAGGACACUGCAGGAAUGGGAAGCAGACGUACACGUGCAAUGGAAAUAUGUAAUCCUUACAUUCAGGCUACCAUAUGGAGUGCAGGCCAAUUUCUGUAUUGGAUAUUUGUAGCCUGUGCUUCCAGAAAUGUGAGUUUAGAUUUCAGGCUUUGAAGGCUGGCUAAUCCCCCUAGCAGUUAAUACCAACAUAGCAUUCUGUGAUGUCAAGCCUUUCCUUCUAAAUGCUGGGUUGGCUUUUUUUCUUUCUUUUUUUUUUUUUUUUUGCAUAUGUCAAAUACACAAAGCAACUCUCCAUUUGAGAAAUUAGCAUUCAGACACUCUGUAAGCACUUUAUUUUUGCUUGCUUUGUAUGCAGCUGAACUCAUGUCCAGGCUGGUAGUCGCUGAGCUUCCACUUCUCCACGUGUGUCAGUGCUGUCUGGCCACAAACUUGGUCCGGUGUCCUAAAAACACACUUGUAACCCUCAUGCUGGAGCAGCACAUCUGCAGACCUACUGCUGGGGUGAGGAUUGCCCUAAAAAACCUCUUCCUCAGCAAGAUGAGCAUUCUGGUCAUUGCCAUCUUGUCAAAAUCCAAGUUGUGUCUGACAGCAUUUGUAGGUUUGGGAUAGGCGUUGCUUUUUCAGAGUUGGAGCUCUUGAAGGAAAGCUACGUUAAGGAAUCAGAUUCAGCUAUUCAAAGCAAGUUGAUAAAUUGCUUUUCAUUAAGCGUCGAGUGCCAAGGGGUUCAGUAUGUGUUCCAAGAGCAAAAUACAUUAAUUACAGCUUCUGUAGAGCAUUUAUCAAUCACACGGUUAUAAACAGUACUAAUGCAGCUAAUUGAAGGUUGAAAAAUUUACUUUUUAGAAUUCGUUGACUGGCUUGGUUACUCUGUGGUUGGAAAAGCAGUGGCCUGGGUAUGAAGAACAGCUACAGCUGUGUAUCUCUGUCCUGUCUGCAAUUCAUUUGCUGCACCUCACUGUGCAAAAAACAAAUGUGUGUGUGUUUUUUUGUUGGGGGUGAUGUGUUUGUGGCUGCUCAGACCACUGGGUGAGAUUGCUCUGCAGUGUUUUGCUGGGCCUGCAGGCAGGGAUCUGUGGUUCCAGCACUGUGCAGAGCCUUUGAGCACCUUGCAUAACUUGUGUUGCUCUCCCUGUCAUUGUUUGAGCAGCUGGCAGUGCCACUGGCUGGUUGUGCUUGUUGGAAAAGCACGGAGCAAAGCACAGACUUCUUUGCUGGAGCACAAAAAAAGAACCUAUUGCUUGCAGUGAGAUAACCUUUGAGUUUCUUGGUGAGGGCAGAGUUCUGUGUCAGUACGCCCCAGCAGGAACCAGCACCUCACCUGGAGCUGGGAAGAAAAUGUCUUCCUGGGCACAGCAGAGUCUGUCUGUCUGUGCUCUGUGUUCCCCUGGCAGCUCGUCUUGUGCCUGUAGUCACAGAUGAAUCUCCAAGCUGCUUUGUCAGGGUCCAGCAGAACCUCUGUGUCCUACCAAGGGACUCAUGCACAGCCAGCACAGCCCGAGCACAGACCCCACGUGUUCAUCCAGCACCGUCACAUCCAGCCCUGAGUGAGUCACUCCUCCUUGUCUCAGUAUGAGAGCUCUGCUCCUUGUUUUGCAUGUUCAUCCUGCCUUAUCUUAUUUGCAAAUAUUUUCUCAUUUUCAAGGGAAUCUAUUUUUAAAACGGGAGUUGAAACACAUUUUUCAGUCUCUGGCACAUCUGGUUUGUUGUUUGUGUGUUGUGGAUAGGCAAAAUAUGUUCAAAGUUGGCUCUGAUAAAGUAUUUUUUUUAAAUAAUCAGCUUGUAAUAAAGGAAAGGAACCACUUUCCUGCUCGGGGAACUGUCAUAAUCUCUAACUUCUAAUGAUAUUUUAAAAGGAAAAACUGUCAUUCUUCUGUCACGUGCAGCUAUAAGGAUUUCUGUAAGUGAUGAUUAAGACUUAAGUCCUGGGCUCUUCUAGGGGAAGUGUGGAAUGAGAGAAGAUAACGGUGGAGGUGAUCCAGGCAACAGAGAGGGAAGUAUUUCACGUUCCUGAGUGCCCAGGCACUCAGUAAAGCUUCCUACUCCUCUACAAAGCAGUGCAGGGCAGGAGGAGGUGUCAGGAGAUGCUGCAGCUGAGUGUGCAACGAGCACACAGCCCAUGCAGCUCCUUGGUGGGGCAGUAAGUGCAGAACAAUGACCUCACCUUGCUCCCAGCCACCUGAACACAUAGGAGUGCAGCACACACGUGCUGGUGCUGAGCUUGCAGCUGCUCUGGGAAGGGGAUCUGUGCAUAACAGGGUUUCUUAUCACUGAGGGCAGAAGGAAGCUGUGCGUGAGAACGGAGAAGGGCUGUUGGUGGGAGCGGUGCCUCAUUGCUGGGCAUCCUUUCUCUCUCUCCUAAAUGCAGAUUUAUGCACUGUGAAACAGAACUAAAAUACAUCCCAGACUGUUUCUGCAUCCCUAUUACCCACCCAUACAGCACUGAAAACCUCAGAGUUGGAGGUUACCAUAUAAAAGGCGAAGGAAAAUUAAUUAAAGGUCAGAGUGCUUCAGCAUAGUAAAAAUUCAGAGGAGGCAAAUUCAGAGUUAUUCAAAUCGCUUUGAAUACGGGCAGGCUGAUUUUCCUAUUUCUUGCUUAAGUUCCCAUAGUGUAAGUAAUCUCCCUCUGUCUCAUAACUGACCACGAGCGUAUGUGUUUCAAGCACUGCCAGAAAUGCUCCUUUGAAGCUGUGGCCAGGCACUGCAGAUGUCCCAGCAUGUCUUUUCUGCAUCUUUCCUGCCCUUCGAAGAGAGCUGCCACACCUGGCAGGACCUCCUCCUGGUUGCCUCGUCUAUCAGCUCCCUCCACAUUGCAAAACAGGGAGUUAAAUCUAAAAAUAGGCUUAAAAAGAGGUGAUAGGCUUUGAGUAAAGUAAAAUAAGCCACCGAUUUGGGUCAUGAAAGGGAAUUUAUAUCACUAGUUCUCUGUUCCAGCUUUCUCGAGCUAAAAUUCUGCUUUGACACAUGAGAAGGAAGAGCAGCAGCAGUGAGUAAAUGGAGUGGAGGAGUGCAGUGUGGUCUGAUUCCAGUUCCUCCCCAGAUUUUGACCUUGGAAAUGUAAUGUGAGAUGUCAAGGUGGUAUUGAAUGUUCUGCAGUUGAAUUUAUCUCCGUAGUAUUCUUCAGUGGUUGAAAGCUGUCUGCCCACUGCUAUCCAUUUAGAAUGGAGCAAGCGUGGCAUGGGCUGAUUAAACUCCACAUCCAAAAUGACGUCAGGAACCCAUGAUGAGCCAGAUACAUCCUGUCUGCCCUGUCAUAGGCUAGCUCCAUAAUCAUGAGACCGAUCUUGGAACAUAAAUCUGGUCCAGAACCCCCUUAAGCUUUUGCAGAAUGAGUUGUGAGCAAUUUUUGCCCAUUUCAGUGCGCUCGUGUGGCUUUAGUCACGUGUGUGAAGUGCUUUGCUCUGCUUUGGUGCAGGACAGCAUGUUAAUAAUUACAAUUGGAAGGAAGUUCUGAAGCAGUCCGGCGAGGAUGACUGCUGCUUUCUGGUCUGUUGGGUAACAAUUGCCAAACACAAGCAGGUGAAGCAGCAGCAGUUAGAAGUGGGGCUCGCUUCUCCAGCCACCAGCAUGGCCUGGGCACGGGCAGCAGCUCAGUUCUUGGCUGAGGACAGCCCUGCUGGUGGCUGUAUCAGCCCAGCUAACGAGCAGCGUGCGAAAUCAUGCUGUGAUUGGGCUGUUAUAGUGCUAGCAGUUUCAUUUGCAAAGUGCAGGCAGAAGCAGGCUUCUUGCCAGCAACAGCUUCAUUCAGAUUAGGGCUUUAGUUCAAUUAUGUCCAAUUAACUUUUAUUGCAGAUAGCAGUGAUAAUUACUUGCAAGUCAAUUUUUUGGCUGUGGUUAUCCCAGGGCUAAAGUCUGAGCUUGAUGGAUUUUAAUAACUGCAGUGACGUCGAGCUUUUCCUCUUUUUUUCUUCUUUAGGCCUCAAUUAGAUGAAAGGUCAGAAGCUAUGUAAAAACCCAUCGUACAAUUAAAGCCAACUGUUCUGCUCUCAGCAGAUGUGUAACGCUGUGGUUUAAAAUAAUCUGUUGGGACCAACCUAAAAACAGCUCUUCAGAGCUGGGGAUCGUAACCUUGAGCUGUGCUGCUUCUCCCAGGAGUGGGUCUGAUAGAACUGAUGUUGCCUUUCUUCCUGCACUUCAUCCUGCUCAAAUUGCUCACCUGGAAGCCUUCAGUGGCAGUCUUUGGGCAUGAGGAGUGUGCUGUGAGCACUGUGCUGAUCCCCCAAGGCUUCUUCAUUUUCCCCCUUGCCCUGUGAGCAGAGCUCUGCUCAGAGCAGAGCACGUGCAUGUAAAUCCUCCCUGCUCUCCCCUCCGAACCGUUGGAUUUUGCUGCCUGAGUUAAGUUAUAAAUGCAGGUCAGCCCCAAAGGCAAAACGGUUUAUGAGCAAAAUCAUAGUUAAUUAAACUGCACGAAGCAGAAAUUGAUUCUGAUUAAAACUGUUGCAGGGCUCUGCUAAAGGUCCACCCGAGCACAGAGAGCCAGGAGGCACGGCGCUGCUGGAUGCUGACGGAGCACUGCACUGCUCCCCGUUGUUCAGUCUUCCUAAUUCCUGAUCCCCCCAAUACACUGAAGCUGCUGUGAUUGAUUACCAUUACAGAUUGCCUCUCCGCACGUUAUUUUGCAGUUUUCCAUUUUUAAAACAUUAAGAGAUGAGCUGCCAGCUGGUGUGGUUAGUUCAUUGUGCUCCAGGAACCAGUGAGAUUCUGUCUGGCUCUUCUGCAGCCCCAAGCAGGCACACAUUGCGGUAAGUGUGCAGGGAGCAGCUGCUGCCAGGGUGCUCCAGCUUGGUGUGAACCAAUUUGUAAGCCCUCUGUAUUUAGGUUACUUUGAGAGAGGGAAAAGGAAUGAGUCUCGUUUGGUCUCAAGCAGCCUGCUGGGGGGUAAAUGAGACACCGAGGUUCCCCUGGAGCAUGAAGGUUGCCCUGGAUUCACUUGUGUUUCCUGGCAAGCUGCAGCAAACAUUUAUACCAAAGAAACCUUACAACCCAUCUUCAUUUUUUUGGGUUUGCUUGCAGCAUUUAUACAUGCUGACCCCAGGUUGUGCAGCCCAUGUUCAGGGUUUGCCACCAAUCCCAUCAGCAAUGAUGGAAUCCCACGCAGCCGCCUCGUGAGUAAGGAGGAGCAGCAGAGCAGAGCAGUUGGCUGCAAGCACUGGGCAGCACCUCCCAGCUCACAGUGCUAAAAGCAUGGAGCAGUUUGAGCUUUCCUUUUGUGUGGGGAGCUGCUGCUGCUCCUGCCACCCCCAGUUUGGUGAACAGGCCUGCAGUUCAUCUCAGAAUUUCAACCACGUCUGUUUACUUUCAUGAAUCUAACUUUAGACUUUGCCAGCUUGCUUUCGUCUCAACCAGCCUGGUUUCCCAUCUUUCACUGGCCGGGGGUGGUCUGUGAGGAGUGUUUCCUUUGUGUGCUUUCCCUGUAAGGCCUCAGACACUCCUGUGUGUAAAAACUUGGCAGUGACUCUCUGUAUGGGGUCUGUUUAUAUAACGAUAAAACUGUUAGUGCAUGAGACGCUUCCUACUAGCGCCGAGUUGCUUUACACCUAGGCUUUAUUCUGCCUUUUGAAGGUCCCUCCUGGCAUGGGAUCUGGCAGAGGCAAGAUGGAACUUUGAAUACCAGCCAGCAAAUUCUGUAUGUUUUUAUAGAAAUAGGUUCAGUGCAGAAAGGCAGUGCUGUGGAGAAUGGCGGAGGGCUUCUCUGCCACCCGUGAACCCUAAGUCGCUCUCUGCAGGAUGCCUGGAGCAGAAAACAGAAUCACACAGUCAGGUUGGAAAAGAUCUCUCAGAUCCCUCCUCCCUACCCCACCGUGCCCACUGACCACGGCCCUCAGUGCCACAUCCCCACGGCUCUGGGACACCUCCAGGGGUGGGGACUCCCCCCUUUGGUUCAUAGCUUUUCAAAUGCAUUUGUGGUCAGCUACUGAGAUAGCAGUUUUGAGAAGAUACGAAUAGAGAACAAAAAUUGGAGCACAGUUGUAAUUAUAAUAUGGAAUUCAGUGAUGGGAGUGUGGUCAGCACUUCUGUGCAAAUCUGAAUUCCUUUUUUUAAUGCUCAGCAGUGACCUAGAUGGCAUCAAUUUGCUUAUUGCAUAUCAGGCUCAGAGAAUGAAUUCAUGCUUCCACUUUACAUAGAUUUAUUAUUUUUUUUUUAAAGGCAGAUAUUUCCUUAAAAAACAUUAUUGCCACCUCAAUCCUUUCUGAACCUUUGGCAUCACCUAAGAUGAUGAUACAUGAUGUCUGCAAGAGCAGCUCACUGGUGCAGGUGUGUUUCUCACAUGGUGACCUGUAUCUCUGCAUGCAGCAGCACUGUUACUUGGGGAGGUGAGGGCAAGGAGAAGGCAGCUGAUAUCUCCAGCAUGGCUCACUUGGAGACUUGGAGCCCACGUUGGCUUUGUUGCUGGUACAGCAGUUCGUACACCGAUGGUGGGAGCGGCGCUGUGUGGUGAUAGCUCAGGAGUUUGGGUGCUUUGGUUUGAGGUUUGGUGCCAGAUGUGCUGAGCUACAGAUGGCAGAAACUCCCUGCUCCCCGUGGUGGCUUCCUUACCACCUGGAACAACCAGCUUUGAAUCCAAAGGCAGACUUAUGGGUUAGCCAUGUGCCAGACAGCAGAGGAAAGCAAGGCAGGUAUUUGAGUUUUAAUCAAGGUAUUUGAGUUUUAACGGAGAUAUUUUAGUUCUAACCCACUUCUCAUUGCUGUCCCCAGAUGCGGAGGUGACGUGCAUCUGUGCUUGGUCAGGUCUUCAUGCAGCAAUGGCUCUCUGCCUUUCUUUUCUCUGUUCCUCCUUGUAUUAUAACUUUGAAUUGUCUCUCUGU